CUAGUAGUCGAAGCGGGCAAAUCAUUACCCUCGAUAAUUCCCAAUUCUCCAAACCCUAGCGAUCCUCUGCAAAACCAAACCCUAAAAAAUCUUCCCGCCAUGGCAAAGAAGCGAAAGGUCCGAUCUUCCGAGGCCGAGGCGCCUGUAGCAGCUGCCCCCCAAGCGUCGGCGGUGGAGCAGUGCGAGCCUUCGCCGCCUCCGGUGGAGGAGCCCCAGACAAUGGCGGUGGACGAAUCGAAUGCAGAAGCCUCCCAAGCUCAACCAGAGGAGGAGCAACAACCGCAGGUACAGGAAGAGGGCGGAGACGGAGAGCAGCAGAAAGUGGACGCCGCCGUGAACGUCAGCACAUCGGCCGCUGAGAACGGUGCUGAGGCGGAGAAUGGAAAGGAGGAAGAGGAAGAGGAGGAGGAGGAAGAUGAAUUUGACGAGGAGCCUUUAGAGAAACUCCUUGAGCCGUUCUCGAAGGAUCAGCUUGUGGCAAUCGUCCGUAAGGCUGUUGAUAAGUACGCGGACCUGAUCGAAGACGUUCGGGAAGUUGCAGAAGAGGACCCGGCUCACAGGAAGAUCUUCGUCCACGGUCUGGGCUGGGAUGCUACGGUGGAAACCUUGUACUCCGUGUUCGGGAAGUAUGGUGAGAUUGAGGACUGCAAGCACGUCACUGAUAGGGUCUCUGGGAAGUCCAAAGGUUAUGCCUUCAUCCUAUACAAGCACCGAAGCGGGGCCAGGAAAGCCCUUAAGCAGCCGCAGAAGAAGGUUGGUAACAGAACCACCUCGUGCCAAUUGGCCUCAACAGGCCCGGUUCCGGCCCCGCCUCCCAGUGCCCCGCCGGUAUCCGAGUACACCCAGAGGAAGAUUUUUGUCAGCAAUGUGUCUGCGGAGGUGGACCCGGGAAGGCUCCUGGAGUUCUUCAAGCAGUUUGGGGAAAUGGAGGAGGGCCCUCUGGGGCUCGAUAAGAUGACUGGGAAGCCAAAAGGUUUUGCCUUGUUUGUUUACAAGUCUGUCGAAAGUGCAAAGAAGGCUUUAGAGGAGCCUCACAAGAAUUUUGAGGGCCAUACUCUGCAUUGUCAGAAGGCUAUUGAUGGACCCAAGCAGGGGAAACCGGGCUAUGGUGGGCAUCACCAACACCAGCAAUACAACCAACCUCACUACCACCACCAGAGAAAGGAUAGGAAUAAAUAUGGGGCUGGUGGCGGCGGGGGGAGUGGUGGUGCUUCUGCGCACAUAAUGACCCCACCUGGCCCUUCAGUGAGUUAUAAUGCAGGGGCAGCGGCUGCUCAGGGGCUCAAUCCAGCACUAGGUCAGGCCUUGACUGCUUUGCUGGCUACUCAGGGAGGUGGAUUGGGCUUUGGGAAUUUCUUGGGUGGUAUAGGAGGUGCCCCAAUGAACCAGGGGGGAAUGCCGACAGGAUAUGGGAAUCAACCUGGCGUUAGUUAUGGGAUGCAACCAGGGAUGCAGGCUGGAUACCAGAACCCUCCCAUGGGACAAGGCGGUGCUGGGAGGCCUCCACAGGGGGGUCCACCCUACAUGGGGCACUAGCUAGAAGAUAAAUGGCGGUAGAAGUUCUUAAUUUUUUUGCAGGGAACAAUGCUACUAUUUUCUCUGCAUGGACGUGGGCUCAAUAAUUAUAAGGUUAUGCAACCAUCUCUUGGUUUGGUGAUGCUUUUAUUUGCAGGGAUUAGAGAUUAUUUCAGAGACCUCAAAAAUGUUUGCAAUCUUUCACCUGUUUUUAAAGAAUAAGAGCUAGCCCGUUAUGGAUACUCGAUUUUUUUUAAACCAAUGAAUGGCGACUCACCCCCCCGACCCUGGGGGCCUUGCCUCGGGCAGGUUUAGUUUUUAAAGUGCGCACCCUCCCUGACAAGAGAUAGAAAAACCAAUUUCUGUUUUCCUGCCAAAAUGGGGGUUUUCCCUAUUAUUUUGGAAAGCUUGACAUCAACUGUUUCUUAUGUGCUAUGAUUAGUUGGUCGGGAAAUAUGGCAUGUCCUUUGAGCAUUCAUAGUAGAUUAACUUGUAUAGUCUCUAGAGGGGUUGCGUAUAUGUGAAAAUGAGUUUAUUGAGGGAUCGGCUGGGCAGUAGGCUAACUAACUAUGAUGCUAGCUGGGAGGGGAGUAAAUUGUGUUUGGAGUAUGGCAAUUGCUUUAGAAGGCAGGGAGCUCUUGUUAUCUCCUUUGUAGCGUAAUGCUUGGCUGUGCAGUUGGGCCACCAGUGAGGUUCUAUGCCUGGUUCGAGGAGCAAUGAUGCCAUUAUGAAGGUGGUGGAGAUUUCAGAUGACGUUUACUCCCUUGCUAUAGGUGUAUUGAGGUCCUCUAAUCCGACUUGCAUUGGAGUAGUGUCUGCUCUUUUAUUGGCUUUGCUGAAUCUCGUCAUCUUCAUAUCCCUUUCAUCGUUUCUUGUGGGCAUUGCAUUAGCUAAUUUAGGUUAGAACUGCUGCAACCUGCAAUAAGGUAUCCGGUUAAGUUUUCUAUCUACUUCCAUCAAGUUCUGAUUCUGCAGCUUGGUAUGGGGUCUGGGGCUAGGUGGUAAUUGUUUGCAUUUGGUGUCAAUAUGGGUAGCCUUUGGUCGUGAAGGUCUUGGAAUGUUGGUCGAUCAGGUUUUCUCGUAUCAAAUCAUGUCUGUGCGCGAGAGGGCCAUGUAUAUGCCCUUCUAACCAAUAUAAAAGCUAUUUUUGGUAUA